UGGCUUGUUUUCCAAAAUUUAGAGGUAAGCCAGAGUUUCACUCAAGGCUCAUCAUUUACCACUUACCAAACGGGAAAGUCAUUAAACUCCACUGAACCAGUAGAACUAAAAUUAAUGAUAACAGUGGAAACAAGGGCCAGGAUGUGUCCUAUUUUCUUAUUAAUGCCAUAAUUGUAUAAAUGUCUGUUAUAAAUUUCUUAGGUGGUUUUGAGGUAUGGCUAGAAAAUGGUACCUUAAGUUUUGUGCCUCCUGUUACAAAAUAAAAAACUGAUAACAUAAAUACACAUUGUUUCUUUCACUGUUACUGAAAUACCCAGAUUUCUAUUUUAGCUCCUUAGUGAAUUGCAACCAUUGGUUAGACAGACUGAAAAGUGUUUCUGUGUGUAUUGAUGUAAAAUAUGCAAAGGGAAAAUGCAGCGCGGAAGUGGUAAGUGGUGCAUUCGAACCCUCUGGCACUGUCACUUUUCCCCAAGUCUCGCCAUCCUCUGGCAGGCCUCCUCUCUCUCGCUCCCUCUGUAACUCUCUGGCUAUCACAGCUGAGCCCAUGCAGCCCUGCCCUCAGCCUUAGUCUCCAGGCUCUGGAAUUAGGGAUCUAAAGAGUUUGGGGAAGCCAGCUACCAUGGAGACAAGAUUUCAGAUAAGCAAAACUGACUCAGACGCACAUCUCCUUAGUUAGUUUUCUGGUAUCAGCUGAGCUACUUAACCUCUGUGAGCCUCAGGUUUCUUGUCUAUAAGAUGGCAACAAUAAUGUCUGCCUGAAAGUUGGUUAAGAUGAAUUAAGAUUAGGGGCACUUGAGUGGCUCAGUCAGUUGAGCAUCUGACUUUUGAUUUCUGUUCAGGUCAUGAUCCCAGGGUAGUGGGAUCAAGCCCUGCAUCAGGCCUGGUGCUGAGUGUUGAGCCUGCUUAAGAUUCUCUCUCUCUCACUCUGCACCUCUCCAACACUUGCUCUCUCUCUCUCUCUCUUUCAAAAAAAAAAAAAGUUAAAAAGAAAAAGAUGAAAUAAGAUUAUGUAACUAUUGUGCAUAUGCCUGUUCUUUCUACGAACAUCCCAAACUUCCUCCAUGACUUACCUCUCCAAAGAAAGGGACCACCCCCCUCAUCCCUUCAUUCCUCAGUUAUAUUCUAGGUCUUUUUGGGUUAAAAGCAUAGGUUUUAUAAUUGGGAAGACCCCGAUUUUAAUCUCAGAUCUGCCUUUCCGUGACUGUAUGAUCAUAGGGGCAGGUUACUUCAACCUUCUAAGCCUCCUUUUCUUCUGUCGUAAAACAGAAUAAAAAUACAACUAAACUCAUAGAUACAGUAUUGUGGGGAUAAUGAAAGGAAUGCUAGGCCUUUAUCAUAGAAUAAAUACCAAAUUAGUGGUUGAUACCAUCAUAGUAGAAUAUGGAAUUCUAAAAGUAUACUCUGACCUUGUGUAACCUUUGCUUCACAAACUCAGUCAACACAUGAGGAGUGUCAGGAUGAGGAAGGGAGUCUGGGGGUAACAAGGGCGACAGUAAGUACCCAGGAAUGGGAAUGUUUAUGAAUGUUGGCUCCGCUAAAUGGAUAUCCAGAUUUAGCGAGAUAUUGAACGCUGUCAUGGAAAAAAUGCACAGUGCCAAAGUUGAACACAUGAGAUUGUUGUUAUUUAGAGCUUCUUGGUAUUUGGGGUCUUUUUCUUUCUCCCAAGGGAGGGAUUUUGUUUCUCAGCCUGGUAAUUCCAUCACUGCUUUUACUUGUUUGUUAACAUAGUUCUAAAAAGCCGAAAAGAGGCCAUUUCUGUCCUUAUUUGGUAUGUGGUCAACAAUGAGAACAGCAUGGGUUGGAAUCAGUGUUGCAAAUGCUUUUUCAGUUAAACAACCUGUCUGCAGGGUCCCCCAAGUUUUCAGAAAGUAAAUGGGAAUGUUCCUAUAUUUAGGGGAAGCCCAGGAUUUUUGAACAAUUGUGAAAAAUUCCAUGAGCUAGUUUAAUAGAAUUCCUUGCCCCUUAUUUUUUCUAUUUACUUCUAGUCAGCAGAACCGAUAGAAGGUUUUCAUCCUGCAAGUAAGAGUUUAAUAUUCUGUUGAAGGAUUAACUUGUAAAAUAUUCUAUCCUUUUAUACUUAUCAUAGGAAGAUUUCAAAUGGGAGAAAAAAUUACUGAUCAAAAUUUAAGAUUGAUACCCCUUUUGCAACUGGUAAAAUGGUAUUCCUACUUACCAUGUUUAUGAGGUGACCCAUUUUACUGUAAAAUUUUUAAAACUGGAAGUGUUUCUAACAGUAUACAAAUAAUUUUUCUAGCAGACCAAAAGCUUAACAUUAUGAGUAGUGGUGCUUAAAAUCUAGUCUGGUUGUUUUCAAGAAGCUUUCACAUAAAUUACCCUACAUUCCUCUCAAAACCUCUUCACAGUAGCUUUCCUUUGGAUGAGACAUGAAACGUAACAAGGUCAAGCAGCAGUACUCAAGGUCACACGGCAAGCUGAUGGCAUGACUGUUCCUCUAAUACCCUGUAUCAGGACUGCCCUGCAUAUUUUCCCAAUGAUGCCUCAUCAAAAACUAAGCCAAAAAAAGAAAAAAAAACUAGUCUGAGGACAAACCUGUAAUUCAUUUGGUCAUAACAGUGACAGUAUGUUUUUUUUUCUGGUUUUAUUAUUUUAUUUAUUUAUUUCUUGCUACAAUUAUGGCUUUGUCAGAGGGAACAUGUAAGGAAAAAGAAAAUAAAUAACUCCUACCAUAGCAAAAUAUUUCGCCCCUAUUUGGGAACACAGAAAAAAUAUAAUACAGGUGAUGCAUCUUAUUUUCAAGAAGCCCUGAUGUUAUUGGUUUGUUCAUUCAUUAAACAAACAUUAUUGGGACUUUUUUCCCUGGUCAUUUGGUAGGCACAGGGCAUUCAGUGGGAAAGCAGACAUGGUCUCUGUCCUUACAAUGGUUAGGUCUAGCAGGGAAGCUAGAUGUUAAAUAAAUAGUAAUUACAAAUGUGCUGACAGUGAUAAGAAGAAAGUGCAGAGUGCUAUGGAGACUUCCCUUGGUCCGGGAAAGCAGGGAAGGCUUGUCAGAGGAAGUGGCUUUCAAAAUGAAAUUCCAUAAUCUGUCCUUUCUCUUACCAGUUAAGACCUCAGGAGAGAGGUUUUUUGUUUGUUUGUUUGUUUGUUUGUUUGUUAUUAUUUUUCUCAGUCUACACUCAUGGAUACAAUAUUGAAAAGAACAAAAUUUUCUGACUUUUAAAAACUUUAUGCACAGAAAAUUGGACAAUUAUUAACCCAAGAAUACUUUUUUACAUAUUAAAACAUAGUGUUUAUUUUUUUAUUUCAAAUGAUUAGCAUAUGUUAAUUCCAAAUUUUAAAAUAAUUUGAUUCUCGGUAUAUUUCCUGUUGACUACUUAGAAAAGUCUCCUAGGACUCUAUGGGUCAUUUAGUAGAUACUUAAUAAACAUAGAAUGUAUUUCCCUUCCCUCUCAUUUUUUUCUCCUUGAUUUCUUUCCUUCAACCCCAUUUGCUCAAGUAUUUACAAGGACCUCAGUGCUUUUUUUGAUUAAAAGGGGCUUGAUUUAAUUAUGUCUGAAUUGCUAAAAAGAAUUAUAAAAUAUUCUAAUGUAGAUGAGAACCUUAAGUGUAUAGUACAGUAUUUGGAUUCACAGUCCAGUUUUAUUUAUCUUUCAUUCUGAUUUUUAUCAUGCGUCUUGUCAGCUGUUUUAUUCUAUGUGUUAGUAAUAUUAGCUCUUUAAUUACAUUUUAUUUCUGUUUGUCUACUGAGACAUAUAUGAAUAAAGUAUGCAUUGGUAGCAGCUUAAAACACAGAGAAUGCUUUCCUAAUGGUCUUAAGAGUACCGGUACUGUCAGUUCUGUUAGCAUUCUGUUAGUGUUACAACUUCUAGAAUAAUUGUUCUCCAUUUUAGAACAGGGAAGAAUUGACCUCUGAAUCAAGUAGACACAUGUAAGGUUUAGAAUGACUAUUUGAAGGCGGAUCAAAGCAAAUGCUAGCAUUAUUUUGCAGCAUUUCCAUUUGGAAUCAUAAUCAAUAGUUGAUUUUGAUAAUACAUUAAUGUAAUAAAAACCACAGUUGCCGAUACUGAAUAAAUACUAGUUUACAGAAAUGCGCAAGUCCCCUUGUUAAAUUUCCUUCUGGCACAUUCUUUUGCAAUGGAUCACCCUGAAAAUAGAAUUCUUACAAUGGACUUCUUUCAGAGGUAGCUGAUAAAUGAACCUGAAGUGAGGUUGCUUGCUCCUGAGUUCACUUGUGCUACCUUUAAGUCUGUGACCAGCUACUAUUGCAAAAUACGUUAUCCUGGACCCUAUCUCUGCCUGCUCUGGUUUCCUGAGGCAACGUAUUUCAACACAAUGCAACUCCACUAAUGUAACUCUUUGUUUCUCUCAAGUUCAGCUCACCAACCCCCCACCUGUCAAAUAGUGACUUAUUGUAAGCAAAUGCCUAUGUGGGUUAUGUUUAAAUUUUUCCACUUUUAGAUUUGGGAGUUUCAAUUUGAUUCAUGGUUGCUAUCUCCUAUAAAGGAAAUGCUGAGUUUCUGUGUCAGACAACAAACCCCAAAUUUGCCACUUGUAACAUCUGGAAUCUUGGAACCAAAAUCCCAGAAAUACUCAGGAGGCAAGUAAGAUGCCUUAUUUAGACCUGCAGAGCAUAACAUCUACAUUAUUGGCAGGAGGUGGGCAUGUUGUUCAGAUUUGAGGGAUGUUAGCAGUUAUUGGAUCACGGUUUGAUGGUGGCAAAGUUUAGAUCUCAGAAUCUGGUUUUCCCAGGGAUAUAAGUUUAGUUUCCAACUUGUAGAAGAAGGGUUUGUCCGGGGAUGGAAUUUCUCUGCCACUGAAUAAUCCGUUCCUGGUAAUAUUUUUAUGGAUAGAUAAGUGUUUACCAAUGACAAAAUAAUCAAAAUAUUACUUUAUUUCCUUUCCUACCAUCUAGUACAUGUGCAGUGAAAAUUAUAAACAACUGUUUCAAAUAUAAAUGACAGCAAAGGUUCAUCCUAGCAGACUUCUUAUUAUUUAAUUUUUAAUUUUAAUUUUUUCCGGUUGUCUAAAUUCUCAUGUCUAUAAAGACUAGCCAAUCCUUCAAAAGGAUAUUGAUAUUUAUACUUGAAAUCAAGUCUUAAUUUUACUCAUGAUUAAUAUCAGAAAUAAGUAGCUUAUUUCUAUGACCUUGCUGAGGCCUGGUAACCUAAGAGGGGAUCAUGUAUAACUGUACAGAAGAAAUGAAAAAGUGGCGGUAAGGAAUUAUUUAAGGAAAAAAAUAACAUUAACAUUGGAAGAUACUUCUUGCACCUGUAUCCAAUUUCACAUGGAAAAAAGGAUGAAAUUAUCCAUUUCCCUGGUCAUAAUUUUACAUUUACAUUUACAUUGUUUUUAUCCUGCUUAAGAUUCUAAUUGUCUGAUCUCAAGAAUCAGGGGGGAAAAGUAAGAAGGAAUGCUUUGGCAGUAAUGAAAAAGACAACUUUGCAUCUCCUUUAUUGUGUUGCUUUUAGAAAAAGUUGGACGUUCCACAGUAUUUUCAUUCUGCAUUAUUACUAUGCCCUAAUGUUUUAUCAGUUAGAUAUCAAUUAACAGAACAUUCUUUUAAAAAUGUAAAUUGGAAGGAUCGCUGGGUAGCUCAGUUGGUUAAGCGUCCGACCCUUGAUCUCAGUGUUCAUGAGUAAGCCCCACAUGGGUUCAGUGCUGACAGUGCAGAACCUGCUUGGGAUUCUGUUUCCCCUCUGUCUGCCCCAUCCCAGACUCAUGCCGUGUCUCUCUCUCUCUCUCUCUCGCUCUCGCUCUCGCUCUCUCUGUCUCUCUCUCAAAUAAACUCAAAAGAAGGAAAUAUUAAAAAUAAAUAAAUUAAAAAAUUUUAAUGUAAAUUGAAAUGGAAACAGAGACCUAUGUUGGCCAAAAUGCCUAUGACUGGCUUUAGCCUCUCUGGGGAGACGGGGUCCCCCCAGCAUGAUAAGUAUAAUUCGAGGUAGCAGUGAAGUCAUGUUUUUUUCGCUUGCAAAGUUGUAUGUGUGGACUGCAGCUUUUCUUUUCAGAAAACACUGAGGCUAUUCCACCUCUAAAAUGCCAAAUGCCACCAGACAGAAGGAGAGUUUCGUGUUGGGUGCGAGGUAAAAGAGGCCAAUCUUAGCCAGCGCUCCCUACCCCUCCUGCUCACCAGCAUGUUUGUGUUCCCCCUCCCCGCUCCAGCUGCUCUUGGGGACAUCCUCCUAACUCACAAUUCUCCUACACUGCCUGACCUCAGUUGCUGAUGAAGCCACUCUACUAGAAACCAAGUUGUUCAGCAACUUGUUAACUCUGCCGGCAGUGCUUGCAUUUUCUAAGAGCUGCCCUGACCUGGAGACUAAAUAGUACAGAAGAAUGAAAUAAUGAGAGCUGGAAUUCCAUACCCCAAGAAGGGCAGAGUCCUGUAGGUGUAGGCAUGUUCUCAGUCUUUCUCAAAAAUACCUGGGUGCUGGCCACCCAUUUUGCUCUUGUGCAAUGCGAAUCCGUAUACAAAUGCAAAAAGGUGUCUGUCGUUCGUGAAGCGUUCAAAUACUGUUGGUUGAUUCAGAGAGAACGUGUUUAUUUAUGAACUCUUGGUUCCUCCAAGUUUGCUGCUGUUUGGUCAGCUCUCACUCACGCACUCUUGUGGCCCAUCUGUCAGAUAACAAAGAGGUGAAACCAUAGAAAUGUUUUCUAUUACUCCUUCACAAAGCUGAUAUGGAACCUGUAGUGUUCUCAAGAACCCUUGAUGUGCUGGAUGCUGUUGUGAAAAUAAGUGUCCUGUUUGCUUACUUGAGCUUUUACAGAAAUUCCAUGAAUGUUUUGGAGCCCCCUGGGUAUGGAAGCAAUAGAUUGAGCUAUCUGGAUUGCAAAAUUUGGCAGAUAUGGCAAUGAUAACUAAGUUCAACUCUUGGCCAAUUUUGUCCCGUUCAGAGCGGGUUAAAUUUCACUCUUGGGCACUCCAAGCCUCUCUAAUCUUAUCCGGGAGAAGCAGAGUUCUGCCUUGGUUUACAGUUGAGGUCACCCGUGUGGCAGUGUUUGGACAGGGACUGAUGGAAUUAUGUUGCAUUGUUAACAUGAAAUACCACUCUGCGGUGAGGACUGAUGAUGGCAUUGGGGUCCUUUGACUCCUUGCAUACAGUAUCUUGAAAUACAUGCCUCCCUGAGAUGUGCGGGACUCAUAAAACAUGUGAAGGACUCUGUUUGGCUUUCAUCAUUUAUUUAACGUGAACGAAAGUUGUUUCAAGGGAUUUAUCAGGGAGUUAAGAAAUGUUUCUAGGGAAUAGAAAAUGAAAAAGAAAAUUGAUCUUAGUUGUCAAAGUCAUGCGUUAUAAUUGACUCUCCAAGGUGACGCACCAUCUCCUUGAGGGGAAAGCUGCCAACAGCUUUGAAAGUGAUCUGCCUGUUUUCUUCUCACACUGACUUGCAGGGAGGUGCUGGUAUUUCAAGACGAUUAAAUCCUUGUGGAAGGUUUGCAAAUAAUGAUGUCCAUCCCUGUUUGUAAGAGAAGUUGGAAUAAGGAAAAUUAUAUUAGGCAGCUAGUUGUGUGAAAUGUAGUAAUCUUUGUUGAAUUUCCCCCUUGUAGAUAAGUAAUCACUUCUUUUUUAACAAAGCCACUCUAUUUACAUUUUCUUUAAACUUCACACUUGAUACAAAGGUUCACUCACAUUUAGUCAUACUUUUCGUGUGUGUGUGUGUGGGUGUGUGUGUGUGUGUGUGUGUGUGUGUGUUGUGCUUUUCAGGAGUGCCAUGUGACUCUGCUGUUUAAUCAGGACUAUAUUUAAAAGCAAAUUUGUGAGAGAGUGUUUCCCAUGUUAUUAAUGAGAUAAGGUCUGAGUGAAGCAAGGUCUGUCGCAAAGGGCAAGUGUCAUGCAGCAGGAAGUCCUGGCCAUCCCUUCCACCCCUGCCUCAGCCAGGCUGCCACCUCCCUGUCAGUGCAUACCACCACACAGAGGAAAUGCCCUCACUCAGCCACCGGUGCCUCCUGUGCCUCCUGCUCCGCGCGGCGGGGCCCGCUGGCCCCCGGGCCCUGUACCAACUCUGACUUUCUGCAGUUUCCAGUGAUCCUGACACUUUCCUUACAAAUGGCUUUUCUUUGGGAUCUUCAGGGAGUCACAGUGCCAGGACAACCUCCCAGAGCCAAAUCAAGAUUGCGUUUCUCAAAGUCCUACAGUUUUGAUGUGGACAAUGGCACAUCUGCGGGACGGAGUCCCUUGGAUCCCAUGACCAGCCCGGGAUCUGGGCUAAUUCUCCAAGCAAACUUCGUCCACAGUCAACGUCGGGAGUCCUUUCUGUAUCGAUCCGACAGCGAUUAUGACCUGUCUCCAAAGUCUAUGUCCCGGAACUCCUCCAUUGCCAGUGAUAUACAUGGAGAUGACUUGAUCGUGACUCCAUUUGCUCAGGUCUUGGCCAGCCUGCGAACUGUACGAAACAACUUUGCUGCAUUAACUAAUUUGCAAGAUCGAGCACCUAGCAAAAGAUCACCCAUGUGCAACCAACCAUCCAUCAACAAAGCCACCAUAACAGAGGAGGCCUACCAGAAACUGGCCAGCGAGACCCUGGAGGAGCUGGACUGGUGUCUGGACCAGCUAGAGACCCUGCAGACGAGGCACUCUGUCAGUGAGAUGGCCUCCAACAAGUUUAAAAGGAUGCUUAAUCGGGAGCUCACCCAUCUCUCUGAAAUGAGUCGGUCUGGAAAUCAAGUGUCAGAGUAUAUAUCAAACACAUUCUUAGAUAAGCAACAUGAAGUGGAAAUUCCUUCUCCAACUCAGAAGGAAAAGGAGAAAAAGAAAAGGCCAAUGUCUCAGAUCAGCGGGGUCAAGAAGUUGAUGCACAGCUCCAGUUUGACAAAUUCAAGCAUCCCGAGAUUUGGGGUUAAAACUGAACAAGAAGAUGUCCUUGCCAAGGAACUAGAAGAUGUAAACAAAUGGGGCCUUCAUGUUUUCAGAAUAGCAGAGCUGUCCGGUAACCGGCCUUUGACUGUUAUCAUGCAUACUAUUUUUCAGGAACGGGAUUUAUUAAAAACAUUUAAAAUUCCAGUAGAUACUUUGAUUACAUACCUUAUGACCCUGGAAGACCAUUACCAUGCUGAUGUGGCCUACCACAACAAUAUUCAUGCUGCAGAUGUGGUCCAGUCAACACAUGUGCUGUUAUCUACACCUGCUUUGGAGGCCGUGUUUACAGAUUUGGAGAUUCUUGCAGCAAUUUUUGCCAGUGCAAUACAUGAUGUAGAUCAUCCGGGUGUGUCAAAUCAGUUUCUGAUCAAUACAAACUCUGAACUUGCCUUGAUGUACAAUGAUUCUUCUGUCUUGGAGAACCAUCAUCUGGCUGUGGGCUUUAAGUUGCUUCAGGAAGAAAACUGUGACAUUUUCCAGAAUCUGACCAAAAAGCAAAGACAAUCAUUAAGGAAGAUGGUCAUUGACAUUGUACUUGCAACAGACAUGUCAAAACACAUGAAUCUACUGGCUGAUUUGAAAACUAUGGUGGAAACUAAGAAAGUGACAAGUUCUGGAGUUCUUCUUCUUGAUAAUUAUUCUGAUAGGAUUCAGGUCCUUCAGAAUAUGGUGCACUGUGCAGAUCUGAGCAACCCAACAAAGCCUCUUCAGCUGUACCGCCAGUGGACUGACCGCAUAAUGGAGGAGUUCUUCCGCCAAGGAGACCGAGAGAGAGAGCGGGGCAUGGAGAUAAGUCCUAUGUGUGACAAGCACAAUGCAUCUGUGGAAAAAUCACAGGUGGGCUUCAUAGACUAUAUUGUUCAUCCUCUGUGGGAGACGUGGGCAGACCUCGUGCAUCCUGACGCCCAGGACAUUUUGGACACUUUGGAGGACAAUCGUGAAUGGUACCAGAGCACAAUUCCUCAGAGCCCCUCCCCAGCACCUGAUGACCAGGAGGAAGGCCGGCAGGGUCAAACGGAGAAGUUCCAGUUUGAGCUAACUUUAGAGGAAGAUGGCGAGUCAGACACCGAAAAGGACAGUGGAAGUCAAGUGGAAGAAGACACGAGCUGCAGUGACUCCAAGACUCUGUGUACUCAAGACUCAGAGUCGACUGAAAUUCCCCUUGAUGAACAGGUGGAAGAAGAGACGGUAGGGGAGGAAGAAGACAGCCAGCCCGAAGCCUGUGUAAUAGAAGAUCAUUCUCCUGACACGUAACAGUGCAGAGACUUUCACGCCUUUAGUUUAGUUUAGUUUUGUUUUGUUUCUUUUAAUUUAAGUAGAAAAAUUGUUUCCAAAGUGCAUGUCACAUGCCACAACCAUGGUCACACCUCACUGUCAUCUGCCAGGAUGUUUGUUGAACAAAACUGACCUUGACUACUCAGUCUGGCGCUCAGGAAUAUUGUAACCAGUUUUUUCACUUCCAUGUCAUCGGAGCAAGGGGGACAUCUUCACGAACAGCAUUUUAACAAGAUUUCAGCUUAGUAGAGCUGACAAAGAGAAAAUCAACUGCAAAAUGUUUUCAAUAGAGUGGCUCAUCGGGCAGCCCAAAAGUUGUUAUGAUUUGGGGGUUCUUUACUUUUUAUUUGUUUGCAAUAUUUUCAGCAGAAAGAAGGCAUUACACAGAGUGAACUCAUGGAUGAAGCAACAAAAGUGUCAGGAACAGGACACAGCAUGAAUCUGUUACCAGGAGGAAGAUGAGCCACAGAAAUUGCAUAAUUUUCUAAUUUCAAGUCUUCCUGAUACAUGACUGUAUAGUGUGGUUCACUGAGCUGCACUGACCUCUACAUUUUGUAUGAUAUGUAAAACAGAUUUUUUGUAGAGCUUACUUUUAUUAUUAAAUGUACUGAGGUAUUAUAUUUAAAAAACUAUGUUCAAAACUUCAUCUGCCACUGGUUAUUUUUUUCUAAGGAGUAACUUGCAAGUUUUCAGUACAAAUCUGUGCUACACUGGAUAAAUCUAAUUUACGAAUUUUACUUGCACCUUAUAGUUCAUAGCAAUUAACUGAUUUGUAGUGAUUCAUUGUUUUAUAUACCAAUGACUUCCAUAUUUUAAAACAGAAACCAAUUUUAUGUUGCAGGAAAACCUUUUUGUAGGUCUUCAUUUACUUUGCUUUUCAUUUCAGUCUUUUCAGAUAAGCAAGCAGAGUUGCUCUCACUGAUAUUUUUUUCACGGUGUACAAAGUGAAUAUUUGUUCUGUGAUACUUUGAUGUGCAUUCUGUCUAAUGUGUCUUAAGCCUCAUAAACAAUCAUCAGUUGGUGUUGUCUGAAGCAAGUAAGAGAUAUAUAAAUACACAGUAGCUAAAAUGGUCUUUUUUAGGUAUUUUCCUACUUAGUGUCUUCUGAUAACUUUUUGCUGUGUCAAUAGACCCUCAUUUCACAAGUGCAUGUCUUUGUAAUAACCCUCACAUUUUAUGCUCAUUUCUAUUGUUUUCACAGUCAGUUGUAGUAAGAACUUUUUUCCCCUUGUGCUGCUUUAUUAUUUAGUGUGUGUUUGAAUCUCUGUCCACGUUCACUAGAUGGGGUCUUAUCAAAUAUAUCACCACCAUUCUGAGUGAUGAAAAGUAGCAGGUAGUCAGGCUAGAGUCACCAUUUAUUUCUACCACAAGGCCAAAUAUAAUGCCUAACUUUAACUCUUGAUUUACACAGAAAAGUUAACAGCUAGCUAGGUAAUUUUUAAAAAUAUUAGCAGAGUAUAUUAACAAACACCAGUACAACUAAUGCUCUUUGUUUCCAUGAUUUCACCAUGGGAUUAAGAACUAUAUGAGGAAUAUUCUUGAGAAGAGAUCUUAAGUGUAGCAACUACUCUUCCUUAAUGGAUAGCCUCAUAAUGUAGAAAUUGCUCUCACAGUUAUCACUGGUCCACAAGUAUGUCUUGUAGAGGAGAAUAUUAAAUGCACCAAGGGAAAGAAGUUGAUGAUGCUGCUGGCACCAGAGGUUUGGUAAUAUAAUGCCACCCUAAAAUACUAGGAUGGGUAAGAAGAUUCCACCUAAGUAACAGAGCUAAUUCUUGGCUGCAUUUAGCACCAAGAAAUGUAUUACAAUUUUAGGGAUUACUUUCCAGUAUUUACCUUCAAUUGGCAUCCCGGGGCACUUACCUAGUCUGGAUGUUCUGUCCAUUCCAGCUCUUAGUAAAGUAUUUGCCUUGUCUAUGAAGAAUUUGGAGCCCAAAUAGUCAUUUUUCACAUUGAUAUUAUUUAUUGAAAAUAAACAGUCAAGAAAACUUAUAACCUUGGAAAGCAUUUAUAUUUGGGAUUUCUCAAGGGCCUUCUGGCGACUAAUAACCAAGUCAUCAGCCAGGGGAAAUGACCCAAGCUAAACAUAGUCCCUAUUUGAAUCCGCGGAGAUCCACAAGGGAACUUCUGACAGAAAAAUUAUGUAGCUCUGAUCUGUUCUUAGAGCAGAACAGGAAUCAACUAAUUAAUGAUCAGAUUUCCACCCUCUUCCCUGAAAAAAAAUCAGUAAUCUUUCAAAUAAAGUCCUGUGGUUAGCCAAGUGGUUUCAGAAGAACAGUUGAAAACUUGUUUUAUUUGUUCUUGAUGGAAGUCUAGAAGAAAAGGCAAACAAUCUAGAGUGUAUUCCUUUAUCCAAAAUAUUCUCAUUCCCUCCUGUCACUACUGCUUGGUAUUUCCCCCACAGAGUGCCUAAAAUCUUGAUAAUAAUAGAAAAAAAUUAAAGUAGCAAUAUGUCACAAAUCCGGACCUGAAAGGAUUUGUAACUGCAUUGAAAAGCAGAGUUGUUUUGUUUUCAACUUGUUGGUUUAUAAUGAUCACGUGUUGUGAAGAUACUCACCGAUGGACAAUCAAAUUGUAGAAAAGGCAAUAUCCAAGAGACAGAGACUAAUGCACUGUACAGUCUGCUUAUCCUCUCCCUUCUUUCUCUUCCCUUCUCUCUUGCCAAAGUGUGCUUCAGAAUUAUGCACCGCUUUACAGAGAACAUCCUUUUACAAGUGGCUUUACAUUUCCUAAAAUGACAUAAGAAAAUGCAAUAUCUGGGUACUGUAUGGGGAAAAAAAGUCCAAGUUUGCAUAAAACCAGUACAUUUCAGCUUGCAAGUUACUAAACACAAUAAUGCUGUUUUAAUUUUCUUUUACAUCACUUAAAAUUCACAAGAAAAUAAUGUAGAUAGAACAAAUUGCAGACGAGGAAAAAAAAAACUUGAAUGAAAUGGAUUUUACAGAAAGCUUUAUGAUAAUUUUUGAAUGCAUUAUUUAUUUUUUGUGCCAUGCAUUUUUUUUUCUCACCAAAUGACCUUACCUGUAAUACAGUCUUGUUUGUCUGUUUACAACCAUGUAUUUAUUGUAAUGUACAUACUGUAAUGUUAAUUGUAAAUUAUCAGUUCUUAUUAAAACAUCAUCCCACGAUGGGAUGGUGUUGAUAUAUUUGGAAACUCUUGGUGAGAGAAUGAAUGGUGUGUAUACAUACUCCUUGUACAUUUUCUUUUCUCCUGUAAUAUAUAUAGUCUUGUCACCUUAGAGCUUGUUUAUGGAAGAUUCAAGAAAACUAUAAAAUACAUAAAGAUAUAUAAAUUUAAAAAACAUAGCUGCAGGUCUUUGGUCCCAGGGCUGUGCCUUAACUUUAACCAAUAUUUUCUUCUGUUUUGCUGCAUUUGAAAGUAAGGCAAUGGGGGCGGGCUAGGGCUGGGCAUUUUACAUCCAAGCUUUGAACCAAUUGGAUUUCUGGCAACAGCUGGAAUUUAGAAAAUCACAGUCAACCUCUGGAAGAUUCUGACACCCUUCUGACUUACAAGCUUUUAAGUACUUCUUGCUGUGAAACAGCACUGGAUAUAUAAUGAUUCUUCUUCCUAUCUCUUGAUCAGGAGCUACUUCAGUUAGUUACAUCUGAUUGUUGUUUUAUUUUUUUUUAACUUUCAAACACUACUUGGGAAAAUAUAUUCUUGUCCAAUGAUAACAAAAUCAUUUUCACUGCUUUAGCACAUAGGCAAAUGAACUUGAUUUGAAACUAGAGCCAUAGGUCACACGUGAUGGUCAGUCAUUUAUUCAUCAGCUCCUGUCAUGUUAGGAGAAUUUGUGGUAUGAAAAAGAAAAGAAAAUGUAAUAUGAAAAGGUCAUUUUUUUUAACCCUGGAAUUUGACUUUAUCUAAGAUCGACCAAAUAUCUAUAUGUAUGUGAAUCUAAAGAUAAAACAGUUUUUAUAUGAUGCCAGUUCACACAAAAAUGAUUCGCCAUUCUCUGGAAUUUGUUUCUGCAAAAGUUCUAUGGCUGUAGAAUUUUCAAAGUUAACCUUGUUGUUGUCAACUCCCAAAAGCGUUGAAAAAUUCCCAGUGGGUGGCAUGGAAACUGCCUCCCACUCUUGCCCAGCCCUCAGAACAUGUGACUUAGUGAGAGAUUCUUUUUCUAGAAAAAAUGAGCCUCCUAUUACUUUAUUUUAUUUUUUUGACACAAACUGUAGAUUUUAGCAGCCCUGGCCCAAAGGAAUUUGAUUACUUUUGUUUUAAACAGUACAAAGGGGACACUAUAACUAUGAAAAACAUCCUUCCUGAUUUUAGUUGUUUUUAAUUUUAUUUCUUAGGAUAUGUUUUCAGAGUGGUAAAUUGUGUGUGCGCAUUGCAAAUGAUGAUGAUUCUUUUAGUGGUUUCUUAGCCUCUUUACAGCCCAUGGGGAUAGUACUGUACAUCAAUACCUUCAUAUGAAAUUUUUAUAUGCAAUGAAAAUAAAAGCAUGGGUUGAUUCUGCCUA